CUUCGGUUGUAAGUGUCGAGCGCUCGGAGAGAGAACACCUCUGACCAGGAGCUCUCUCUCUCCUUUCUGGCGCCCUCGUUUUCUUUGAGCGAGUCUGUCAGUCCCACACGUGUCUGAGAACAACUUGCGCACCGCCACCGAAGCGUUCACACUGUGCUUGUCUGUUGCGUUGGAAGACUCUUGCGUUCGGUGGUUGGUGAUUGUCUACCUGGCCACGCUGCUGCUCUCAGGUUCAGGAGCCGCGUAGCCAUGACUCUACUGAAGAUGCACACGGCACUGGUGGUGGUGACGGCCCUUCUGGUGGGUGUGGUGUGGGCAGAAAAGGCUCCUCAUGGUCCCCCGGCCCACCACUUCUCAGGCCAAGACAGCUACAGUGGAUCCCAGAUUGUUUCAAGCUACGGAGGUGGUGGUGGUGGUCAUGGCCAUGGUGGUGGUGUUGCCAUAGGCCAUGGUGGUGGUGGUUAUGGUGGUGGUGGAGGUAUUGGUCAUGGGCAUGGUGGUGGUGGUUAUGGUGGUGGUGGUGGUGGCGGCUACCCUCACCCAGACAGCCUGACGUACCACACCACCAGCUACCAGACACACCAUGUACCGGUGGCAGUGCCGUACGGUGAUGGUGGCCAGCGUGGGAAGGGCAAAGGCAAGGGCAAGGGUGGACCAUUCAGGCAGCUCAAUAAGAUGUUUGAAGAUGCCGGGAAGAAGCUCAGCAAGUUUGUGAGUGACUACAUUGAUUACAAUGUAGAUGACCAUCAUGAGACAACUUAUUCCUACGCUGCACCCAUCCAUCAUGCACCAGCUGGACACUCCUACGCUCCAGCUCACGGCCAUGGCCACCAAGGCUAUGGCCAGCCUGAGUACUAUGCUGUGGCUGUGCCUGCUUAUGAGGAGGAGUAUGAUGACUAUGAGGAGUCCUUUGGUAGUAAGUUAGCAAAGGGAUGGAAGGAUGCCAAGGAUCAAGUUCGCAAGUGGGAGGAGGAAGCCGCCAAGACGAUCAAGGACUUCUUCACCCAGGAUUACGGCAGUGAUGGCAAGGGAGGUAAAGGAGGCAAGGGAGGCAAAGGAGGGAAGGGUGGAGAUGACAGCCCAGACUACAUUUACUAUGAGGUUCCAGCACCUUAUGGACAGGGCCAAUAUGCCUCUGGAGACUCCUACUCUAGCCAAGGGUCUGAUGGCAAGGGUCACGGCGGCAGUGGUCACGGUGGUGGUCAUGGUGGGGUUGCUGUAGGCCAUGGUGGUGGUGGAGGUGGCAAGGGCAAGGGCUUUGGUGGCAGCCAUGGAGGAUUUGGUGGUAAGGGAGGAUUUAGUGGCAAGGGAGGAUUUGGUGGCAAGGGAGGAUUUGGAGGAAAAGGGAAGGGAGGUAAGGGAGGAGGAGGAGGAGGAGGAGGAGGACACUUCAUCCCUGCAGCACCAAAGCCCAUCGUGCCACACCACGCACCGUCCUACAGUCCUCCCUCCAGCUCAUAUGGGGCACCACCACCACCCUCUGGGUCUUAUGAUGCACCACAAACCUCCUCCUACUCGUCCCCCUCAUCCUCCUACAGCGAACCAAUUGGACACGGUGGACACGGAGGACAUGGAGGACAUGGUGGUCAUGGUGGACAUGGAGGAGGCCAUGGUGGUCAUGGUGGUUCUAUCCCUGUGGUUCCCCACAAUGCAGGUCAUCAUGAAACAUCAUCUUAUGCCUCAUAGGAAGCAGCUGACUACACACCCCCAGCCUCAUGUGGCCCCAGCAUCCAGCUGAGCUGAAGGCAAGUCUUGAGACAAGCACUGCUGUGGCGUGUGUGGUGGCACUGUGCUGUCACAUGUGCUGGAUGUCACUGUGCUGUCACUGGUGCUGGGUACCACUGUGCUGUCACUGGGUGCUGGGUGCCACCAUGCUGUCACAAGUGCUGGGUGCCACUGGCCUGGAUCAAGUUUUGGCAAAGGAAUUUUGUUGAUUUCUGUACAAAUUUAAUGAGGAGCAAGUCUGGCAUAAGCUUAAAGUUGUGCAAUCCCUUAAUCUUUCUACCCUUCUUCCCACAAACACAUGUAGGAUCCCUCUGUAGGCACAACAGCACGUAACAGCUUACUCUGUUCUCCUGGCACUGUCUAAGACAAAGUUUGACUGUGUGUCUGUUAUUCCUCAGAAAUGAUAAAUUGCAUGGUGAAGUUUCAUCUUGCUAGUCAAGAUUUUAUAUAAUUUGAACCUCUGAUUGUUGAUUUCUUAAAGACAUUUAUUCUCUCCUCAACUGAUACUUGUUCUUUGAUUAAGGUUCGCUUCAUGUGCUCUCUGUCCUGUAUUUUUGUUAUUUAUAAGAUAUUAUUGUAUUGUUAUUAGUAUUACUAGUUCUUUCUAUGCCUGUUGUGAUGCCAAAAAUGCAAAGUGAGGGAGAGACACAAAAGAAUUUUUGUGCACUAUUGUAGUGUUUGAUUUUACCAUCAUGUGAUGCCCUAGUGAUUACAUAUUUAUUUGAAAGUAGUUAUAUAAAUUUAAUUUAAUUUUGUUUUUAUUCUAUUGUUUUUUUUUGUAAAGAUUGUUCAUCAUAUUCCACAUUUCCGUUCCAAUUCUUUGAUAAGAUAUUUUCCUUCGUGACUGAUGUGUAUCUCACGGAGCAUGAGGCUUCACUCAGCAAUGAUGACUGGCCACUCAGGUAGCAUGAGGCAGGCAGCCCCAUGCACUGGGCAGCCACAACAGUAUUAGCUCAAGUGGUGCUUGCCUCCCACACUUCCUCCUCUGGCAAUAGGUCUGCUUCCCUUGAACUGCAAAUAUUACCAAACAUUUGUGUAUUAUUUACAAGUUUUAAUGUAUGAAUAAUUGGGUAUGUAUUCAUAAGCAUUGCAUGUAUUUCAUUGUUAAGCCAAGCUGCUGCUCUUAUCACUGCAGAACAUUGCCUCUCCAAUCUUUAAAAUCUGAAAUCACAAAAUUACUUUAAGAUAAAGAAACAUAAUUUCUAAAUUGUAUAGAUCUGACAGAAUGUUUUAAUUUUUAUGAAUGUUACCUAAACUAAUAUUCUCCAUCACUAUUCUGAAGGGCAGGUUCCAUGUUUCCAGGAGUGAGCCAAUGUCAUCUGACAGACAGCAGCUCCUCAAGCUGCAUGGUUAUGUGCAAUUUGUAUGUCAAGUCCUCUAGUCUCUAGGUCCUUCCUUAGGAUCUCAUCCCACAUCUUCUUAGGUCUGCCUUUUGGCAUUGUAUCUUGAUCCCACCUCAAGAUAUGAAGCACUCUCCAUCCAGUUAUUCUCACCACUUUCUUCAUAUGAGCACACCAAUGCGGUCUGCCUCUCAUGCAGUGCAGGGGAAGCUUUCUGACAAUUAGAAGGAAAAUCAGCUAUCUAAACUUUUUCACUCACUCAAUCCUGUCACCAACUUCAGCUUUAUUUUCCUUCACAAAUCAUACCUGUAGCAUCCCAAGGAAAACAAUCCAUCAAUGACUCAACCCUCCCUAAUGUCACUUUAGACUUCUGUUUGCUUUCCUUUACAUUCAUAUCACCAGUACAAAGACUGCUUACUCCACCAUUCCACCACUAUCUCUACCUUCUGUGCACCCAGUCACUGAAUACAGUUGGAUGGAAUUGUUAUAUCAUUAUACCUUGUUUGUUGGAUGUGAUCAAAUACUACUUGCUGAUCCUUCAUGCUGUACAUUUUUUUUUUUUUAGAAUUGGGACCUGUAUGUGUCUUUAGGCUUCCUGUUAUAUUCUGGGCACAGGUAGGUAGCCUUUGUCUGUGCUGGCGCAGACAUGCAUGUUUGUAAUGGCAUCUUUACUUAUUAUCACCCUUGUUUUGCUCACAAUUUACUCUUGUACCUCUGAGUUUCAAACCUGCUCUCCACUUCCUAUACAUGCCUUAUCAUCACAUCUUCCAUGCUGUCAGGUUGGGAAUCAAGAUUAGAUAUCUAGUACGUAUUACAUUUUACAGGAAAGUGAAGUCCAGUAUGUGAAGUAAAUGCAUUGCUGAUGUGAUAUCCUUUAGCACUAUCCAUGCAAGCUGUAGUAGAAGCUCUGUUGAACACCACAUGGAAGUAGAGACAAACAAGUCAACACUCUAAUAGUACGUAGUUCUUUUUAUAAAUUCAGUCUUUGGUCUUGUAUUCGAUCAUGACAUUUCUUCUAAGGUAUGAACAUCAACUUAUAGUAUUUUCCUUAACCAGUCAUGAGAGAUAAAAAAGCACUGGCACAUUAUCUUGCUACUGUAUUGGAUUAUGUGGUGUUUGUCUCUAAAACUGUGAGGUGUUGACAGGAUCUUCCCCAGUAUUCUUGUUUUGCUCUCUGUGGGAUCUUGUCAUCUUGAUCAUUCUCAGCAUUCCCUCAGUUCUUUCUCUAAAAGCUUCUUGAUAGAGCUCUGAAGGUUUCAACAGCACACCUAUCUCUCAUAUACUGCCAGGACAAUGCUUCCUCAAUGGUUAAGGGGUGUUGGCCAAUAUCAUUCCACAUUGCCUUACCAGAUUUGAUGAAGGGGUGUGAAAUCAAAGGAGACAAAAUCCAAAGUGUAUCCUUAUAGCCUGAAAUUUAAACUCAGUUCCCAUGGAUGUGAAAUGGAUGCAUGCACCUCUUCAUCAUUCACUUCCUUACACUAAUAGCUAGAUUGUUUGAAAUACAUAGUUUUAUAAUAUCUGCCUCACUUUACAAUGUAACUUUCCAGUUUGAAAUAUAACAUCCCAUGAUAAAUGUCAAACCAGUGAGUAUCCAUCUACAGCAGGAACAGAGGCAAGAUAUGAUUAUUAUUGUCCAAGAAGUGGUGAGGAAUAUACUCCCAGUGUUUCUCACUCUAGAGUUACCUCAGUGUGUUAUUCCUCUCUAUUUAUCUGUGCAAAAUGUUAUGUAUGCUUAUUUCAUGUAUGAAUAAAAGUCUUUUGUUGAAAUUUACUAAAAUCUAUUAUCAAAUAAAGAUGUUAAUGAAGCAA